AUGAGCGCUUUUGAUCCCUCGUCGGUCACUAGAAACUUCGCGCUGAAACUCAAAGCUGACAAUCCAUCUGAAGGAAGCUCGCAACAGGAGCGAGAACUUGACUAUGCCGUGGCAGAGGAGCAAAUGAGGAGAGACGAGCGACAUGGCAGGAAAGAAAGGUUCCCAGCCCGUGAAGCAAAUUCGAACGAUCAAGACGAGCUCCGCGAUCUCGACCACAGACUGAAAGAGCUUGCUGCACUUGUCAAACAAUUCGAAAACUACAUUCCAAAGGAUCUCGUCGCAUCCGGCUCCUCUAUCACCUCUCUGAAAGACUUCUCCCGCAUGGCGGAGAUGGUCAAGAUGAAAUGGGAAACCCGGUCACAGUCCAGCAAAUUUGCCAAGUCACGCGAAUAUCUGCGUAAAAUGGCAACCACCGUCGACAACCACUCGAACGCGCUGAAGCUACUGCCAUCAAGCAACGACUACGCGUCGAUAUUCUGCGGGGCUCUCACCAUGGUCAUCAAGGCGUCGUCCAACUACGAGCGGAUAUCAGAGUGCUUUUGCCGCGCCAUGGUCGAGAUCAACGACGCGGUCAGCGCGGUGCACGAGGAGGUGUGGGCGUACAGGGACGAGGUUGCCAUCCAGCAGCUUGUCGUGCGGCUUUACUGCCAGAUCUUCCGCUUUCUGGUCAACGUCAUGCAAUGGUACACGGACAAGUGGCACAAACGGAUGCUGAGGAGCCUGAAUGAGAACAUCUACGAGGAGUACAAGGUGCAGCUCGAAGAUAUCAGGAGGCUGUCGGAGCUUAUUCACCGGAAAGCCACGACUCGGAUGCUUGCGGAGAUGCAGGCGGGGAGGAUGAUUCGGGAGGAUGAGAAUUUCCGGUUUCUGGCGGACUUGCGUGAUCGUGACCGUCAUGCGGAUGAGAUGCGGCAAGAGGGAUAUUUUGAAAGAUUGCGGAUGGCGAUUCAGAAUGAGUUCCGGGAGACGAUGGAAAAAUCGGCGGACAUGAUCCAACAGAAAAUCGCGGACCGGCUUCUCGCCAACGUCACCAGCCAGAUUGCCGGCGAGACAGCACUACGAUACCUUGAACAAAGAGCCCGGGAGUUUGUUCCAACGACAAGCUUUACCACGCUCAGCAUAGAACCGAACCCUACCGCAGAAACCAACCUCGGUGCCAACGAGACAAUGGCUGUUCCCCUCCACGCGAGUCUCUCCCCCCACAUUGGGAAAAAUGAGAUUCAACUGGCUUCUGCGGAUCUCGAGAACCACUACGACGGCCAAAACGUGUCUCCUCACUUCGAGUCCCCCGGCGCGUUUUUGCUCGCCAACCAGAACGUAGAAGCGGGCAUCCGAGCCUUCACGAUGGCCGGCCAGUCUCAGGUUUUACACGUCUGCAGCCCAAUGGAACUCGGGGUGGAGACGCAUUCGGCGCUGCUCGCUGCGACAUUCACCGCCUCGGUCCGAGAGAGCAAAGUGCCUACACUAUCAUACUUCUGCCGACUCUCCCACUCGGUACCCAGCGGCCGAACGCGGGAAACGGUGGAGUUGGUGCAUCUGACGUACGCGCUCAUCCGGCAGCUCGUCGAGAUCCUGCCGGACGGCGGGAAGUUUGACGGGACGCGGCUGGGCGAGGCCGUGUUCCAGACGUUGGAUGGCACUCUGUUGACGUGGGAGGAGGCGAUGGACGUGCUGCGGUGUUUGUUGCAGGAAGUGGUUGCGCAUCAGCCGCUUCUUUACAUCGUUGUCGAUGGCGUAGCGCUGCUCGAGGAUGUCUCGUACCACAGCACGGACAGGCCACUGGGCGAGCUUAUUGAGCUGCUCUGCGGACUUGCGGCACAGAAGGGCGGUCACAAGGUGAAGCUUCUGUUUACUACUGCUGGCGAGUCGAGGGCGCUGAAUGCGGCUCUUGAAGGUCAUUGCCAGAUCAAGGCCAAUUGA